AUGUUCAUUCAGAAGUUCCUCCCCGUCCUCCUCAUUACUAUGGCUAGUCUGCCAUCUGCUUUGGCAGGCUCUUGUACAGUCAAAGCCGAUGUCAACGAAAGUCAACGUGGAGCAAUCCAGGAUGUCACAGUCACUACAGGUGAUGGUUCAGAGCUCAUCUUCGACAAGUCGGAUGGCAUCUGCGGCCCCGCUACAUUCUGGACUGGCGAUGAUGGAGACCUGAAGGGCGAUGCCACUUUGGCUUCCCCGAUCGCAUGGGAUGCCAGUUGCAACCUUGGUGCCAUCACGUAA